AUGGCGGACCAACAGCGUGAUGUCUCGCAGUACAAGUACUCGGCGAUGUCCAACCUGGUCCUCCAGGCGGACCGUCGUUUCGUUACUCGCCGUAACGAUGAAGUAACUGGAGACCCCGAGUCACUGGCAGGACGGCUCAGCAUCAAGGAUAUGGGAUCGCGCAGCGGCCGCGAUAACGUGCCAAAAAAGAAGGCCACGGGACUGACAGGUGUCGAGAGAGGGAAUCUUUCAGAGGGACAGGAUAUCUUGGAGCGCGAACAGUUGAAACGAAAGCGAGGCGAGCCUGCCCAACUUCGUGGAAGUGGCAUAUUAUCUGCAGCGGACGCGUUGGUAGAAGGAAUAGUGUAUCGACCCCGAACCUCCGCGACGCGCGCGACCUACGAUUUGAUACUGACGACUGUCGCUAAUAACCUGGGGGACGUGUCGCAUGAGAUCGUCAGGAGCGCCGCAGAUGCUGUGCUGGAGUACCUGAAAGACGAUGAUUUGAAGGAUUUCGACAAGAAGAAAGAAAUCGACGACUUACUUGGAACCACCCUAAGCCCGAAGCAAUUCAAUGAGCUUGUCAACCUCGGCAAGAAGAUCACUGAUUACGACGCGCAAGAUGAAGAUGAAGUAAUGGCAGAUGGAGAGAAUGGCGCAGAAGACGGAGCAGAAAUUGACGAUCGCCAAGGUGUCGCCGUAGUAUUCGACGAGAACUCGGAAGACGAAGAUGGUGGUGGGAUAGUCGACGAGGUCCGCGACGAAUCGUCUGAAGACGAGGCUGAUGACAGAGAAGAUCGCCCCGGCGCAGAGGAAGUUGCAACAGCUGGUGGUGCCGCAGAGGAAAGAGACGAGGAGGCCGAAGGUCUUCCUGAAGAGGAAGCUAUGAUAAUAGACUCUGUCCCUGGUGGCGGGGCUGGCGGCGAGGACAAAGAUAAAAGUUUCAUUCCGGCCAGGGAGAUAGAUGCAUACUGGCUGCAAAGACAGAUUGGUUUAAUCUACUCGGACGCACACAUCCAACAAGUCAAAACCCAAGAAGCGCUCCACAUAUUAUCAGGGGCUCCUGAAGAAGAAGGUGGGGAGGAGAAGCCCCUGAGGGAAAUCGAGAACGAGCUCGCUGAGCUAUUCGAUUAUGAACACCACGAACUCGUUCACAAACUGGUUGCAAACCGAGACAAGGUUGUCUGGCUCACUCGACUAGCUCGGGCGGAGGAUGGGGAAGCUAGGGGAGUCGUGGAACGAGAAAUUGCAUCGGAGGGCCUGCGAUGGAUCUUGGAUGAAUUACGAGGAGUGGCACCCUCUGCCGAUGGCUCGAAGAAGCGAAAGCUAGAAAUCAAGAUGGAUAUCGAUGUACCAGCAGCUCUCACCGAUGGCACUACGAAGACCGAGCAACCUGGAGAUGGUGGGCUUGUAGGAGGCUUGCAACCAAAAAAGCUCAUCAAUCUUGAGAAUCUGGUUUUUGACCAAGGAAAUCAUCUCAUGACUAACCCCAAAGUCAAACUGCCAGAAGGAUCAACCAAGCGCACCUUCAAGGGCUAUGAAGAGAUUCACGUACCAGCUCCGAAAAAAAGAAGCGAUCCUGGUGAUAGGGAUAUUCCUGUCACAGAAAUGCCAGAAUGGGCUCGAGUACCUUUCAGCUCAGCAACGAAGCUUAAUAAGAUUCAGUCUAAAUGCUUCCCCCAAGCAUUUAACGACGACGGUAACAUGCUGAUUUGUGCCCCAACUGGUAGUGGCAAGACGAACGUUGGCAUGUUGACUAUCCUCCGUGAGAUUGGCAAGAAUCGCAAUCCAGAGACUGGAGAGAUCAAUCUCGAUGCGUUCAAGAUUGUCUACAUUGCCCCAUUGAAGGCUCUUGUCCAGGAGCAGGUUGGAAACUUCGGUAACAGGCUCAAAGAAUAUGGAAUACAAGUCUCGGAACUGACUGGCGAUCGACAGCUUACCAAGCAACAGAUCGCAGAUACGCAAAUAAUUGUGACAACCCCUGAAAAAUGGGAUGUCAUAACGAGAAAAGCAACCGAUUUGAGUUAUACCAACUUAGUGCGGCUCAUCAUUAUAGACGAAAUUCAUCUUCUCCAUGAUGACCGUGGCCCAGUCUUGGAAAGUAUUGUCAGUCGAACAAUUCGAAAAAUGGAACAAACUGGAGAGCCUGUCCGUCUUGUCGGCUUGUCAGCUACCCUUCCCAACUAUCGGGAUGUCGCCAGCUUCUUGCGUGUUGAUCCAACGAAGGGCAUGUUCCAUUUUGACGGAUCAUAUCGACCUUGCCCCCUCCGUCAAGAAUUCAUUGGGAUCACUGAAAAGAAGGCCAUUAAGCAGUUGAAGACCAUGAACGAUGUGACUUACACCAAGGUUCUUGAACACGUGGGCACUAACCGCAAUCAAAUGAUCAUCUUUGUACACUCGCGCAAGGAGACGGCGAAGACUGCCAGAUAUAUUCGAGAUAAAGCGCUGGAGAUGGAAACAAUUGGUCAAAUUCUCAGGAGUGAUGCUGGUAGCAGGGAAGCUCUUAACACUGAAGCAGAGUCCGUCAAUGACCGAGAUUUGAAGGAUUUGCUUCCUUAUGGGUUUGGCAUUCAUCAUGCUGGGAUGAACAGAAUCGAUCGAUCUUCAGUCGAGGAUCUUUUCAAUGAUGGUCUGAUUCAGGUGCUCGUUUGUACUGCUACUUUGGCUUGGGGUGUUAACCUGCCCGCUCAUACAGUCAUCAUCAAGGGCACACAGGUCUAUUCUCCUGAGAAGGGUAGCUGGGUUGAACUAAGCCCUCAAGACGUUUUGCAAAUGCUCGGUCGCGCUGGUCGCCCCCAAUACGACACGUACGGAGAAGGCAUUAUCAUUACAACCCAAUCGGAAAUGCAGUACUACUUAUCCCUCCUCAAUCAACAAUUGCCAAUCGAAAGUCAGUUCGUCAGCCGACUUGCGGACAACCUCAAUGCGGAAAUUGUCCUGGGCAAUGUUCGCAGCAGAGAUGAAGGAGUCGAGUGGCUUGGCUAUACAUAUCUCUUCGUCCGGAUGUUACGUUCGCCAGGACUCUAUAGUGUCGGGGCAGAAUACGAAGAAGAUAACGCUUUGGAACAGAAACGUGUCGACCUUAUACACUCUGCUGCUGUCGUGCUAGAGAAGUCCAACCUCAUAAAGUAUGACAAGAAAACUGGCAGACUGCAACCCACAGAACUCGGACGCAUUGCUUCUCACUAUUAUAUCACGCAUAGCUCCAUGUUGACCUACAAUCAUCACAUUCAACCAUCGAUCACUCCAAUUGAGCUCUUCCGCAUAUUUGCUCUGAGCAACGAGUUCAAGUACAUUCCCGUGCGUCAGGACGAAAAAUUGGAGCUUGCUAAAUUGUUGGGUCGUGUACCAAUUCCUGUCAAAGAAAGUAUCGAGGAGCCGCAUGCGAAGAUCAAUGUCCUCCUUCAAGCUUACAUCUCACGUCUUAAGCUGGAGGGUUUGGCUCUCAUGGCAGAUCUGGUGUACGUUACCCAAUCUGCUGGACGUAUCCUCCGGGCUAUUUUUGAAAUUACACUGAAGAAAGGCUGGUCCUCAGUUGCGAAGACCGCGUUGGAGCUUUGCAAAAUGGCGGAGAAGAGAAUGUGGCCUACUAUGACACCCCUUCGCCAAUUCGCAAGCUGUUCGCGAGAUAUCAUACAGAAAGCGGAGAGAAUCGACGUUCCCUGGGCCAACUAUUUUGACCUCGAUCCGCCACGUAUGGGCGAGCUGUUGGGCUUGCCGAAAGCUGGCAGAACUGUCUGCAACUUAGUUUCUAAGUUCCCCAGAGUGGACGUUGCGGCCAUUGUGCGACCAAUGACAAGAUCAAUGCUCCGGGUGGAGCUCAAAAUAACACCAAACUUCGAAUGGGACGACGACAUCCAUGGAACUGCAGAGACUUUCUGGAUAAUAGCUGAAGACUGUGAUGGAGAGGAUAUACUCUUUCACGAUCAGUUCAUCCUUCGAAAAGACUUCGCUCAAGAGGAGAACAACGAGCACAUUGUUGAAUUCACAGUGCCAAUCACGGAGCCGAUGCCACCUAAUUACUUCGUCUCGGUGAUAUCGGACAGAUGGAUGCAUUCAGAAGCCAAAAUAGUAGUUUCAUUUCAAAAGCUCAUUCUUCCCGAAAAGUUUCCUCCGCAUACGCAGCUACUGGAUUUACAACCCCUACCAGUUGCCGCUUUAAAGACAGAUGAUUUCAGGGCUCUGUAUCCUGAUUGGGAGCGCUUUAAUAAGAUUCAGACGCAGACGUUCAAUUCCUUAUACUCAACAGAUGAUAAUGUGUUCAUUGGUGCCCCCACUGGGAGUGGCAAGACUGUAUGCGCUGAGUUUGCUUUGCUUCGUCAUUGGUCAAAGCAUGAUGCUGGUCGUGCAGUAUAUAUUGCUCCGUUCCAGGAACUUAUCGAUUUACGGCUUCAAGAUUGGCAACAACGAUUUUCAAACCUCCGCGGCGGGAAAACGAUCGUCAAAUUGACCGGCGAGACAACUGCAGACCUGAAGCUCCUAGACAGAGGCGACCUGAUCCUAGCAACUCCUUCACAAUGGGACGUCUUAUCGCGACAAUGGCAACGCCGGAAAAAUGUCCAAAAUGUGCAGCUAUUCAUUGCGGAUGAGCUUCACAUGCUCGGGGGCCAGACUGGCUUUAUGUACGAAAUUGUUGUCUCUCGAAUGCACUAUAUCCGUAGUCAGACUGAGUCUUCCCUCCGGAUCGUUGGGCUGAGCGUUUCGCUUUCCAAUGCUAGGGAUAUCGGCGAAUGGAUUGACGCAAAGAAGCACAAUAUCUACAACUUCAGCCCCCAUGUUCGUUCAGUACCUUUGGAACUCCAUAUCCAAUCAUUUACCAUUCCCCACUUCCCUUCUCUCAUGCUUGCUAUGGCAAAGCCCACCUAUCUCUCAAUACUCCAGAUGUCUCCCGACAAGCCCGCUCUUGUGUUCGUCCCAACGAGAAAACAGGCCCGAGCGACCACCCGCGACUUACUACUGGCCUGCGUAGCAAGCGAUAAUGAGGACCGGUUCUUACACGCCGAUGUCGAGCAAAUGCGCCCUCUUCUUGAGCGAAUCCGUGAGGAAGCUCUAGCUGAAGCUAUCUCCCAUGGCAUCGGAUAUUAUCACGAAGCCCUCAGUUCCGGUGACAAGCGAAUCGUUAAGCACCUUUACGAUAAUGGUGCAAUUCAGGUCAUGGUAGCUUCUCGUGAUGUAUGUUGGGAGUUAGACUGCAAAGCACAUCUGGUUAUCGUGAUGGGUACCCAGUUUUACGAAGGGACCGAGCAUCGAUACGUCGAUUAUCCGCUGAGCGAAGUCCUUCAAAUGUUUGGAAAAGCCACACGCCCUUUGGAGGAUAAAAUCAGCAAAGGCGUUUUAAUGGUACCGGCUGUCAAACGAGAGUACUAUAAAAAGUUCUUGAACGAAGCACUGCCGCUUGAGAGCCAACUUCAACAGUACUUACACGACGCGUUUGUAUCUGAAAUCAGCACAAAAAUGAUCGAGUCUGCCGAGGAUGCAAUCAGUUGGAUGACGUUUACAUACUUCUACCGACGCCUUCUUGCAAACCCAACCUAUUACCACUUGACCGAUACAUCCCAUGAGGGUCUGAGUGCUCAUCUAUCAGAGCUUGUCGAGACAACCUUGAAGGACCUUGCUGAUCCCGAGUCCAAGAUAAUUGACUUGGAUGAAGAGGAUGACUCCGUGACACCUUUGAAUGCUGCUAUGAUUGCGGCGUAUUACAAUAUUUCGUACAUCACUAUGCAGACAUUCUUGUUGUCACUGAAUGAAAGGACGAAACUGAAGGGUAUCCUCGAGAUCGUGACAUCGGCGACAGAAUUUGAAUCGAUCCAAAUCAGAAGGCAUGAAGACAGCCUCCUUCGCCGAAUAUAUGAGAGGGUUCCUGUUAAGGUGGCACAGCCUAACUACGAUUCUCCACAUUUCAAGGCAUUCGUUCUUCUUCAAGCUCAUUUCUCUAGGAUGCAGUUACCAAUCGAUCUGGCAAAAGACCAAGAGAUAAUCUUGACAAAAGUGCUCAGUUUGCUUAGUGCUACUGUUGACGUUCUAUCUUCCGAUGGCCAUCUAAAUGCCAUGAACGCCAUGGAGAUGUCACAGAUGGUGGUGCAGGCGAUGUGGGAUCGUGACAGUCCCCUCAAGCAGAUUCCUCACUUCACACCGGAGGUUAUCAAGGCUGCUAAUGAAGCCGGUAUCACAGAUAUCUUUGAAUUCAUGGAUGCCAUGGACCCUUCGGAGAAUCCUAACUAUGCGGCCCUUGUUAAGAGUCUUGGGUUAUCUCAGACUCAGCUUGCACAGGCAGCAAAUUUUACGAAUUCGAAGUACCCGAACAUUGAGCUUGAGUUCGAGUUGGAAGACCCAGAUGACAUUACAGCUGGCGCUCCGGCAUACAUCAAGGUCAAGAUAGUGCGAGAUGUGGACGAAGAAGACGAGUCAGCCGAUGUGGAUACCACUGUUCAUGCGCCUUUCUACCCCGUCAAGAAGAUGGAGAAUUGGUGGUUGGUUGUGGGUGACGAGAAGUCAAAGACUCUGCUCGCGAUCAAGCGUAUAACGAUAGCGAGGUCAUUGAACGUGCGACUUGAAUACACUGUGCCGACCCCUGGAGAUCACGAGUUGAAACUGUUCUUGAUGAGCGACAGCUAUGUGGGUGUCGAUCAAGAUCCCAGCUUCAAAGUUACAGUUGCUGAGGGCAUGGACGAGGAUGAAGAGGAAGAUGAAGAGUAA